CUGACCCAACGCCUGGACCUCCAACGCGUCCUCAAUCUCGCCCUGACUCGUUUGGACCUAGCCCUUUCAUCCCCACUCCUUUAGAAUUUGACAGAUCCGAGUCUCCGUUUAGUCAGAAGUUUCGUCCCUUCUCCACUGAACCUUUAGAUGUUCCACCUUUGGAAAGUCCUAUAUUAUUGAAUCCUGAGUAUAAGGAUCCGUUUCCUAAAUCUGAGGAAGAGGAAGAUAUUCCGGUUGAGACGAAAUUUAAGCUUCCAGUUUCAGAGCAAUACGAUCCGGAAGGUAAGAAACAAAAGGUUGAAAAGAAAGAUGAUGAUAUUAUAGAAAGGAAAGUUAUUAAGGAGGUAAGUGAUGAUGUGUUGAAUCUUAUUCUUGAAAACGAGAAGAAGGAAAGAGAAAGGCGUUUGAGGGAGGAAAAAGCGAGGAAGAAGGCCAAAAAAGCAAUGAAAGAAACUAAAACGGAGGAAAAGCGUCAAUUAAGUAUUUUAGAAAUCGCAAAGGAAGAGAAAGCUAAGCAAGAAGCGAAGAAGUUUAUGAAAGAAGUUCUAGAAGAGAUUGAAAUAAAGAAAAUGGAGGAGGCAGCCCUUAAUGUCGUCAAAGAAAGUAUACAAAAAGCCGUGUCCGUCACUGAACAGAUUACAAAAGAAGUUAUUGAAGAGAAAAAAACUAAAACAACAAUUGAAAGACUGGACGAAACCCUUCCUAGAGAUACUUUAGAAAAGCAACAAAAGGAGGUCAGGGAAUUUGUCGAUAAAAAAGAAAGCUCAACUAAAGACACGUAUGAAAAGAAAGAAAAAAUAAAUGGUAAAGAUGUAAUUACUGAAAGAGAAACUCUUUCUAAAGAAACUUACGAACGAAAAGAAACACAAGAUGAUAAUACAUUGUUCGAUGAAAAGGAAACAUUUUCCAAAACUUGUGAAAGAAAAGAAACUACCGCUAUUAAAGAAACAGUCGAUGAAACUCCUUCACCAAAAGAACACUUUGAGAGAACAGAAGUGAAAGAUAUCAAAGAAUCAAUCGAUAAAAAGGAAAUUUUCUCUAAAGGAACUUAUGAAAGAAAAGAAUCAACUGAGGUAAAACAAAGCUUUGAUGAAGUAAAUCUCUCACCAGAAGAACAGUUCGAUAGAACAGAAGUAUCGAUUGAUGAAAAAGAAACUGCUACAAAAGAGACAAUUGAAAUAAAAGAAACAAAGGAUACAGAGUACGCUAAAGAAUUGGUUGAUUUAAUCGAUAAAACGACUGAUGAAGUAAUAAAAGAAAAAACACCUAUUGUUACCUUUGCAGAGGAAGAAGCACACGAAACCUAUGAAAAAAAGGUAAGGGAAGAAAAGUAUGUGUAUCCUAAUAUUUUAGAGGAUAUAGAGGAAGAGAAAGAGGAGACAAUAUCAAAUGAACUUAGCGAGGAAGACAUUUCUUCAAACGCUCCAGUGGAAGAAGUACAAAAACAAGAAAGAGAUUUUCAGGAAGAUACAAAGCAAGAGGAAAUAUAUAAAAGCGUUAAUACUGAAGAAUAUACUAAAAUACACAAAACAGAUAUUAACGAAGAACAGGAAGUACAAAAAGAUGUUGAACCUUCUAUUAAAGAAGAACGGAAGGAAAUCAUUAAAGAGGUGGCAUCUGAGAAGGAAUUAAAAACUGAAAUUAAAGAAGAAUUUCAAGAAACUCAUGAAAAACAAGAUUUAAAAGAAUUUGAAAGCGAAAAAGAUACUUCCUUUUCGAAAAAAAUCAAAGAAGAAAUAAAAAGUGAAGAAGUAAAACAAGAACGUAGGAUCGAAGGUUAUGAAAAACAAAGUAAAGAAAAUAAAAAAUCUAACUCAGUACAAGAAACUCCAGGAGGAAAGUCAAAUCAAAAGCGAAAUAGCAUUGUCCAACCCGAACUGUCUCUUCAGGAGACUGAAGAAUUUGAAAUCGUUGAAAUUACACUUGAAGAUCAACAGAAAGCACCUGAAACCGCUGUUCACGUCAAAAAGGAAAAGCAAUCAGAAAGUUAUGAAGAAAAAGAAAAAGUAUCUGAAGUAUCUAGAAAAAUUGAGACCAAACACGAGAUUGAAGAGCCGCCUCAGCCGUCGAUAACUAAAUCUUUCGAUAAAAAACAGUACGAAUCAGUCAAUAUCCGAAAAGAAUCUGUUGAAUAUAAAAAUCCAGAAGUAGUUCAGCCCAAAGUCCAGGAAUCAAAAGAGACAAAACAGACUACAUUUAAAUCGGAAGCUGAACGGAGAAUGUACACUCUAGGAUUGCAAACAAUCCCUAACAUAAAGGGUGUGGUAGACUCACACCAUUUCAACUUACUUCUAAAAACCUUCUUUAUUCAUCUGACUGAUGUUAUGGUAGCUUUGUCUAGAUUUAUUUUAACUCAGCCUGUCUUCUCAAAAAUUGAAGAUAAGGAGACAAUUGAUAGAUCUAUUAUAGAGAAAACUUUAAAGGAAACUUUAAGAGUGGAACAAGAGAAACGUGAUGGAGAAGUAAUUGAAGAUAGAAUCAAAAAGGAAGUCGAUCGGAGAGUAGAGCAGAAGCUACAAGAAGAAGCAUACGAAAGAGAGGAAAUGAAAAGAGCCGAAAUGCGAGUCGCUGAAGAAAGGCAGAAGAAGGAAUUGGAACAAAAGAGACAACAGGAGAUGCAGCGUAUGAAGGAAGUUGUGAAAGAAGAAGUUUUAGAAGAAAAGAUAAUGCAAAAGGAAACUCGUCAAGAAACACGGUCGUUUAGAUCAACUGAAACUAAACCUGGCAGACAAACAUACAGAGCCGUCGUUGAAGCUCAUGUGUACACCAACCCUGAUGUCGUAUUCGAGGAUCAUUCUGGUGAAAUGACUGAUGCCGAAAUCGAAGAAUAUGAAAGAAUAGAGAUGCAUAGGAGGGAAGAAGAGAGAAUGCAAAUAAUAAGAAAGGAAGAGGAAAAGAAAUUAGAAAUUCAGAGACAAGAACAAGAGAGAAUGGAAAAACAGAGGCAAGAACAAGAAAGGAUGGAAAUGCAGAGACGGGAACAAGAAAGAAUAGAAAUACAGAGACAUGAAGAAGAAAAGAGAUUAGAAAUGCAAAGACAAGAACAGGAGAGAAUUGAAAGGCAAAAAAGGGAACAAGAGAUGCGGGAAAUGCAGCGACGGGAACAGGAGAGAAUUGAAAAGCAGAGGCAGGAACAAGAGAGAAUAGAAAUGCAGAAAUGGGAAGAACAGAGACAGAAACAGGAAAGAAUGGAAAUGCAGAGACGCGAACAAGAAAGAAUGGAAAUACAGAGGCGUGAAGAAGAAAGAAGGUUAGAAAUGCAGAGACAAGAACAGGAGAGAAUUGAAAUGCAGCGACGGGAACAGGAAAGAAUUGAAAUGCAGCGACGGGAACAACAAAGAGUUGAAAUGCAGAGAAGGGAACAAGAGAGGAUGGAAAUGCAGAGACGAGAACAAGAAAGGAGAUUAGAAAUGCAGAGGCAAGAACAACAGAGGUUAGAAAUGAUGAGAAUAGAAAGAGAACGCAUGGAAAUGAAGAGAAAGGAAGAAGAAUUGCUAGAAAUGAGGAGGAGGAAAGAGAUGGCGACGAGCUUCGAGCAACAGCAAUAUUCCCACAGAAACCUCUUACACGACGCAGUGCAAAAAGUUGAAGAGUUUAUUGAAAACAAACGUUUAUUAGAAGAAGUUAUUAUGCUAAAGGAAAGUAGUCGUUAUGAAGAAGAAUAUAAGAAAAGGUUUAUACCUCCGCCACCGCCAGUAUACAAGGCAACAGUUGCUCCACAACGAUCAGUCACUUUCAAACAGAAGGAAAUGGUUACCAAAAAAACUGAAAUGGUUGAUAAAUCUACACAAAAAAUGUUUGAUUAUAAAAAAUAUAUUCAGCCUGUUGUGCAGCCAAAGAUUGUUAAACCAAUACCACUCGUAUCAACAGUUGCUAAAGAACAAGUAUCUGAUUUUAAGAUAAGUAAGAAAGAAGCUGUGGAAGUAAUUAAAUCGCUAGUAGAUCAAAAAGCUGCCUUAGAAGUAUUACAAGUUGAGACAACAAGGGAUGUAAGACCAUUGCCAGUUGUAAAGCAACAAACGUUUGACGCUCGAAAGUCAAUAAUGGAACAACGUGCUGUACAGGUUACUCAAGUACAGCCAACAACAGAAGUGCCUAAACUUGAUAUCAAAAAUCAAAAGACAUUUGAUGCAUCUCGCUCCAUCGUAGAACAAAAAGCUAUUAAAGUAUCAACUGUGGAAUCGACUAGACAUCAACUCACAGAUUUAAGAACAACUAAGGAGAAAGCUAAAGAGGUUGUGAGGUCUCUUGUAGACCAGAAAGCUGCUUUAGAAGUCUUACAAGUGGAUGCAAUUAGGGAUGAAAUGAAGGAACUACAUGUCAAAAAGCAACAAAUGUAUGAUGCACGAACAUCAAUUACUGAGCACCGUGCUGCUGUGAAAGUGACUCAAGUACAGCCAAAAAAAGUCGAAUUCGCCGAUUUGAAAAUUACUAAGGAAAAGGCUAAGGAAGUAGUCGAAUCACUUGUUACGCAAAAGUCAGCUUUAGAAGUACUACAAGUGGAAUCAACGCGUGAUGAAAUGUCGAAAUUAGAAGUUAAAAAGCAAAAGACAGUCGAUGCGAUUCCUAAGAUUAUUGAACAAAAAGCCAUUCAAGUGUCAGCUGUAGAAACUAGGAAAGACGAAAUGAAGGAGCUCAAAAUAACGAGAGAAAAACCUGCUGAAGUGUCAAAGAAGAUAAUCGAACAAAGAGGAGCAUUGCAAGUAGCUGAAGUAAAAUCGACUAAACAUGAAAUUAAGGAGUUCCGUACUCCAGCUCCUAAACCCGCUGAAGUGUCACAAACUUUGGUCAAACAGUCAGCAAUUCAAGUUUCCGAGGUAAAGUCAACUAAAGACGAGGUUUCUGAAUUGCAAAUAACAAAGCAAAAAGCAGCUGAUGCUUCUAAAAAAAUAAUUGAACAGACAGCUGCAGUUCAGGUAUCUGAAAUUAAAGCAGCGAAAGAUGAAGUUUCAGAACUGAAAAUAACAACAGAGAAAGCCGUUGAUGCUUCAAAGAAGAUAAUUGAACAAAGAGGUGCACUGCAAGUAGCUGAGGUGAAAUCAACUAAACAUGAAAUUAAAGAAUUACACACAACCACCCCAAAACCUGUUGCUGUGUCACAAUCUUUGGUGGAACAAGCAGCACUUCAAAUAUCUGAAGUAAAGGCUAGUAGAGAUGAAGUUUCAGAACUGGAAAUUGUUAGAGAAAAAACCGUUGAUGCUUCCAAAAAGAUAAUUGAACAAAGAGCUGCGCUGCAAGUAGCUGAGGUGAAAUCAACUAAACAUGAAAUUAAAGAAUUGCAUACAACCACACCUAAACCCGUCGCAGUUUCACAAUCUUUAGUGGAACAAGCAGCACUUCAAGUAUCUGAAGUAAAAGCUAGUAGAGAUGAAGUUCAAGAACUGGAAAUUGUUAAAGAAAAGUCUGUUGAUGCUUCCAAGAAGAUAAUCGAACAAAGAGCUGCACUGCAAGUAGCUGAGGUUAAAUCAACUAAACAUGAAAUAAAAGAACUAGAAAUACCCACUCCCAAACCCGUCGCAGUUUCACAAUCGUUAGUGGAACAAGCCGCAAUUGAAGUUUCCGAAAUAAAAUCAACUAAAGAUGAAAUUGCUGAACUUGAAAUAAUUAAGGAAAAACCUGUUGACGUAUCACAAACUUUGAUUGAGCAAACAGCGGCACUUCAAGUUGCUGAAGUAGAGGCUUCGAAGGAAGAAAUAGGGGAACUGAGUAUUACAAAAGAAAAAGCUGUAGAUGCAUCCAAAAUGAUCAUUGAACAGACAGCCGCACUUCAAGUAGCAGAAGUGGAGGCAUCUAAAGGGGAGAUUGAAGAACUUCAGAUCACUAAAGAAAAGACUGUGGAUGUCAAACAAUCUCUUAUCGAACAAACCGCUGCACUCGUAGUUGCUAAAGUAGAAACAACGCAAGAUGAAAUCGCUGAAUUGGAAAUAAAGCAAGAGAAAGCUGUGGAUAUUUCGCAAUCGAUUAUUGAACAACAACCUGCAUUAGAGGUAACAAAGGUAGAAACAGAAGUAGAUGAACUUUCUCAACUCGAAGUUGCAGACAUAAAAGGCGUAGACGUGAAAGCAUCUCUGGCCGAAGCAAGGGGUUCUGCAGUCGUCAUAGAAGAAGUACAGGCAAUCAAAGACGACAUAUCAGAAUUGAAGGUCCUUGAACAGAAGGAGGAAAAGGCUAACACAUCAGACGUCAUGGUAAAGAUGGACAAAGCUAAAGUGGGCAAACGAGUGCCGACUAUCCUAGAUGAAUUUGCUGAGUUGAAAGUUGUUAAAUAUGACGUCACAGAAGCCGACGAUAUAGUUACAGAAGAACGCGACACUGGUGUACAAAUAACAGAAAUCACUGUCGAAUCAGAUAAAGAAUACAAAGAACUAUCUAUGAGCGAGCAAAAAAUGCAAGUGGCUAAGUCUUUAGAAAUAGAACAAACAGCUUCUAUGAAUGAGCAGAGGAUACAAAAGGCCAAAUUUUUAGAGGUAGAAGCAUCUAGAACUUCGGCUGUCAUGGAACAAGAGAUGGAAAUGACCAAAACGGUAGUAGAGGAAAAACGUGCUAUAAGUGGUUUUAAGGCGGAUGCUAUUGCAGAUGAACGUGCUGUGAGUGGAUUUAAAGCAGAAACUUCUACAGACGAAUCAGCAAGUCUUAAAAUGAUCAAGCAUCAAGUAUUAGAAGUCGAUCAGGCUGAACAAAUGUCAAUGGAAAGCGAAUCAAAGUACUCAUCCCAAGAAAUGUCCCGAAGCAGCGAAAUGCAUCAACAGGGCAUGAUCCAGGAGGCAUCUUUCUCAGGAAAGCUGUCUCAGACACAAGUGAUGGUAUCAGAAACUUCAAGCGAAAAGAGCGAACCUUCAACCCCAUCUACGCAACCACCAACGCCAUUAGUAGAUGAAUAUGUCUUCAGACUGGAAAUACCGCUGCCAAAGAGCCGUGGUACUACUCCAGUUCCACCAGAACCGAAAGUUGUUAAACAGGACAUCACUCUCCCAAAAGUUGUGAAGAAAGAAGAUCCUCAUAUAGUUAAGAAAGGUCUGAUCCCUCAUAUUGAGGCAGUAAUAGAACCUCGUAUAAUUUAUGAUCCUCCCCUACCCACCCCCCCUACCUCGCCAGGAAGCCAGCCUUCUUCCCCAAAGUACGUUAAGCCUGGAUUAAGAGGGGGUGCAGAACGUCCCCGAAAAAGAAGGGAGGAGAUACGAGAAAUGAAAAGAAAAUCUUCCCUCUUAGCAUCAGCGAUAGACGAAACUAUCAAAAACAUAGAAGAGUACAAAGAGGAAAUGGGCAUUGAACCGAAAAAACAUGUAACAGAAGAAACUCAUAUAAAAAAGACGACUGUGGAACAAAAAACGACCAUAAUAGAAAAUGGAGAUGUAAGAGAAGUUAAAGUCGAAUCAAAAGAAAUCAUAGAGAAUGGAGAAGAAGUUAAAAUUAACGGAGAAAGGGUAAAACAAAAUGGAGAAGUAGCGGAAGAGGACGAGUCAGUUGAUAAAGUUGAUACGACAGAGGAACUUAAUAUGUUGAAUGGAGACGCGGCGAAGGAGAGUGAAACAGUCGUUAAAAAUGGUGUUAAUGAAGAGAAUAUGGGUAUAGUUCAGGAACAAAAUGAAGAUGUUGAAGAAGAAAAACCUAAAGAUUCAGGGUCUGUAGAAAUAACUGAACUCAAAGAAGAGGAAAUUAAAGAAGUUAUAGAAUCUAAGGAAGUAAUUUCCGACACCAAACCGGAAGACAUCGUCACUAUCAAAAUGACUGAAACUAAAGAAAUCAAAACUGAAAUAAAAGAAUCUGUUGAAAUUGAAACUACAGUAGAGAAAGGCGAAAAAGAUGAAGGGGAUAGAGAAUUAGAAGCGAUUGCUAAAGAAGUGGAAAAACUUGCAGAAAAGGUAGAAGAAGAAUCGGUUAAAGUUGAAACAGAAAAAGCUGAAAAGGAAACACCAGCAGAAAAAGAAGUAAAGACAGAAACGACAGAGAAGAAAGAAAGCGAAAAAAGAUCUGAAUCUGUAGAAAUAACUAAAACUGAAUUCGCCAAGAAAAUAGGGAAGGAAGAGGAUGUUGAUUAUCUGAAACUGAUUAAGCCAGUGAAGUUCGACCCUGAAGCUGUAAGGUCCCAAAGGAGUACACCGGUGCCGCCAGUACUGGAACCAGAAUCAACCGACGGAAGGGACUCUAAAAUGUAUGUAACGGACACUGGCGAGCCUUUGGGCACCAUCCAAGGCAUAGUAGACGGACUGGAAGACGCAGUAGUGGAUGAAGAAGUUGCAAAAGCGUUAGGAAAGCCCGGCCUGCCGCACGAGACGGUUGCAGAAAUAGCAUCAGGAGAGUCCGAUAUGUUGAGAGAAGCUCACGUCAUGGGCCUCUCCAGAGUCCUGUCUUCCCACAUGCAUCGCCCAGAAGAUGUUCCCGAAGUGCAGCCUUUGAAACCACUCGUAAAGUCUUUAGAAAACUCCGAAGUACUUCGGGCCUUAAACGAAGAGUUAGCGAUGGAAGAAAUGAAGAAGAAGAAAGAAGAGAAGAGGUGGACUACGUUCUUGCAAAAGCCGAAGCGGCCGGUGCCGCGCGCGAGGUUCGGGUACUAUGGAUAUAUUGAGGGAGAAGAGGAGGAAAUAAAGGAACCGUACAAAGUGAAAAUUGUCAAACAGCCAAAACCAAAAGUAGCUCCGGAUUACAAACCAGAGGAUUUCGACACCGGCCCUCUCCCGUGGGAACAAAGAGCUGAGAUCGAAGCGUCUCUACCGCCUAUAGAACCAGAAGAGCCCAUCCUGAUCCCCGAAGAAGGUCCAGAGUUCUUGGAAGCUGUUGACCCGUUGCCUGAAAGUGAGGUCCCGGAUUUGGAAGAUACUGGUCUACCUUUGCCACCCGACGAACCGCUACCACCACCAGUAAUCCAGCUACAAGAGGUUGAACUACCACAACCACCAGAGAUACCACAAGUACCAGAGGAAGUACCAACGGUAGAAGAGACAAUGAAUAUGGAUGAAAAUAAGCUUGCUGAGCAACUCACGAGGAGCGUGCAGAGUAUGGUUGACCCCAACGCGCCCUUAGAGCAGCAGCUAGCUCAAAUGCGCGCUCAGCUGGCGGCGCUCGCGCAGCUCCCGGGGGUCAUACAGCAGACCCUCGACCUGGUCACCAGACAACUCCUCAACUUUAGCCAUCAGGGUAUGCAGCAAAUGCAGCAGAACAUGGAGCAGAUGCAGGAAAACAUCCAGAAGAUGGAAAUGGAACAGCGAAUGGAGACGCAGAGCUAUGAGAGAUAUGAAGAAUCUCAAGUGAAAGAGCAAAUUGUCGAAAAUAUGCAACAAGAGCAGAACAUAGAAACUCAGCAAAUACAACAGAAUGGGGAACAGCAAGAGCAAAAUCAAAUGAAUCAACAGAUGCCACCUCCGGAGAUUUUGACUCCCGAAGAGUACGAAGCUAGGAGGAGGGAAGAGGAAGCGAGAUUGGAAGAGGAGAGGAAAUCUGAGAAGCAGAGGAAGGAGUUAAUGCAGCAAUACGAGAACGAAACAAGGUCCCAGAUGUCGACACCACGUCCGAACAAACCACAGCCGAAAUUCGGUCCACUGGACCCCGAAGAGCGCCGUCGGGUUCUGCCUGCUGGCCGAAGAUGGAGGACGUACGACGAACAGGCUAUUGCGGAGACCAUUCAGGCCCAAUCCGAAUUGAUCCAGGGGAAAGUUUUGGGGUCUCCAUCCGCUCAGGACAUCAGCACAUAUGGAAGGAUCAACUUCAUGAAAUACGAAAAACCGGAGCCGUCCUUAGACCACGUACUUCAGAACUCGGCGGUGUAUAAAGUUGUGCAUGAAAUGGACGAUACGCCGCUAAAGCGCGUGGAGCUACUGACACCGGUCAUUGCGGAGUCGGAUUAUAGAAAGCGAUGUAGGUCCCGCACCCCUACAAGCAGGUUAGAAGAACGUUCAGCCUUUCCUCAACAGCUGCACCCUUAGAUUCUGUAUUGUGUCGUUUUCUUGUUCAAUAAAGUUAUGUUGCUAUU